AUGGCUCCAGUAUCUUGGCUCACAUGGUAUUCUUUACUGAAGAUACUUUUCCUGCACACGUUACUGGUUGCUAUUAUGGCUGAGGAGAGAAGAGAAUGCAGAGAGCAGGAAUAUAAGGACAAGUUUGGAAACUGCAUCGCUUGCAGGCAGUGUGAUGCUGGACAAGAACUAUCAAAGGAAUGUGGCUUUGGCUAUGGAGAGGAUGCCUAUUGUGUGCCCUGCAGAGCCAGUCGCUUCAAAGAGGACCAAAGCCUGCAGAAGUGUAAGCCCUGCCUCGACUGUACCCUACUCAACCGCUUCCAGAAAGUCAACUGUUCCAGCACCAGCAACGCUGUGUGUGGUGAAUGUCUGCCCGGGUUUUACAGAAAAACCAAGUUAAGUGGUUUUCAAGACAUGGAGUGCAUCCCUUGUGGAGAUCCACCACCGCCAUAUGAGCCGCACUGCAGUGGGCGUGUGAAUCUGGUACCAAUCCCCUCCACAGUGACCAGCCCGAGAGACAUGGCUCUUGCUGCAGUGAUCUGUAGCGCCCUGGCAACUGUCCUGCUUGCACUUUUCAUCCUGUGUGUUAUCUACUGCAAAAGGCAACUGCUGGAAAAGAAGCCUGAAUCUCUCAGAUCUCAGGAUGGUCCCUUCACUGGUUCUGAGCUGUCCUGUCUGGAUCAACGACCUGUCCUGGAGUUUCAGCGGCCCUGCUGCCAUUGUCAGCACAUCCCAGGGCAAACUUGUGCUCCUGUGCACCUAAUUCCAUCUCGGUUCUGUGACGACACAUGUAGUCGGGGACAUGGACACAAAACCAGCCCAUUUCAGUCUCAGUUCAGUCUUAAUGAAAGACCUGUGGCUGAGUCCGCAUGGAGUAGUAGUUGUGAUUUGGGACAUCCUGCUGAGCCUCUUCCUGUGGAGUUCUCAGAGGUGUUACCUCUCAUGGAGAGUCCUGUGGAACAGAGACGCUUCGGAUCGCAACCCUGCAACUCCUGCUCCGAGGAAGACGAUGACAGAAAGUUGGACAAAGAAGAGCCUAACUUUGGUCUCCAGCAAGCUCACUGCAGAGACUCUGCAGAAACUUUACAGGAUAUGGGCAACAUGUCAGAUACCUUGCUACGGCCACACCAACACGUCUCUACAAUAGAAGGAUGACCUGGGUCCUAUCUCACUCUUGGAGACCGUUAUCUUGAAGACCUGCUGUGGAUUUGAAAAGCGCUGAGAACGAUGUCAGCUCAGAUUAAAAGGCCACACGCAUGCUAAAACCAGGUGACGUGCUGUAUCUCUCCAGCGACCUGCAGCCCACCGUUAUCCACCUCAAAAUCAGUCCAGACUCACGUCACACCCACGACCCAUAAAGUACAAUCCUUAAACAGACUGAGAAAUACAAACAAACAAAAACUUGAGCAACACCACGUUGGACUGGAAGUCACCUGUUUAUAGUGUUAGGUUCAGUGCUGCCACUGAACAGGAUUUGGUUUCACAAACUGGACAUGGACCUUGUGAAAUUAACAGAAGCACUGCAGUUGUUCACAUUUUUAUUUGAAAACGAGCAUGCUUGCCUCUGAUUUGAAUGCAUUAGAAUGUGUAUUCUGAUGCUAUAUUUGAAGAACAAGUACUAUUUAAAAACAGUGGAUUGUUGAUGCAGUAUGUUUUUUUUUUUUUACACUGCAGAAACUGUUCAUGCAGUAUGUGUAAUUUUCUUGACUGUUUUGUAGAUACUUUACUGUAGGAUAGAGAAGGACAGUAUUUUUGUAAUAUAGCUAGUCUGUGAUCAUUCACUUUACUACUGUAACUGAUGAAGAGCACUUUGGAGCAUUCUUUGGUUAUAAAUAAAAAAUAACACCAGCAAUCCAGACACUCACACAUGCACAUUUAAAUAAUUAUUUAAUCUACCAGUCAUGUGGAAGCAGCAAGGAGCCUCAAACCAAUCAUCAUAUCAUGUCAGACUGUGAGAAAAACAUGAUCUCUGUGACUUUGUUAUGGUUGGUGCCAGACAGGCUGGUUUGAAUAUUUCAGAAAUGGCAAAAACAAACCCAAAACAGUAAGCAGCGUUUUUUUUUUUAACAAGCUGGUUUAAGCUGAUAGAAAGACAAAUUGACUACACUAAAUGAGGGAGAAAAAGGGGAGAAAAUGCAUAAAUAAAUAGAAAAGACCAACACAGCCGCCCAUGGUGAAGAGAAAUGGAAAAGAGAUCGACAAGAAGUCUCAUGAAACUUGACAGGACAGUUCACAAUCUUAGUAUGACAGCAGUAUUGAACACGGAGAGCUGGCCGUCUCUCUGAGAGAAUCCGACACAGAGAAUUAAACAAACCUAUUAAACAAUUAUGUAGCUUUUUAGCUUAUAACAUAUUUACUUUGCUUUAGGCUUUACUUUGUCAUUUAGGUUUUUUGGCCAUUCGUUGCUGGGUUUUAAUCAUAAUUUCAUGAUAAAAUUAUGGCACCGUUGGUACUGACAGAUUCAACCCUGAAAUAAAACAGAAGUAUGUAUUAAUAAUAAUAAACAAG